AUGGUGUGCCUCCGUACAAUGAUUUGCGCAAUUGUAAAAAUGAAAAAAGUUUAUAAACAUGUUGAUGAUAUUGAUCCCAUAGUUGGAGGAGCCUUAGAAAAUAAUAUCCCUGGAACAUUGAUGGGUCCAACAUUUCUGUGUCUUAUGGUUAAUCAGUUCCUCUUAUCGCAGAAGUCUGACAGAUUUUUCUAUCUCAAUAGGAAACAGGAGUAUCCCUUUACUGAAGGACAAAUCAAGGAAAUUAAGAAAUCUAGCAUUGCCAGGCUUAUGUGUGACCAUACAGGUGUUCAAAAGAUUCAAAAGCAAGCAUUUUUGCAGAUAUCUAAGAGGAAUUCGUUAGUAGAUUGUAGACAUAUUCCUGCUGUUGAUCUGUCAGCGUGGGAGGAGAAAUGGAAUGUUGCUUGAACUAUUAUCAAGAGCAGCAACCUGCUUUGAGUUAUUACUGUGAAAACACUGCUUUGAAA